UGGGACGCGACAUAAAUAAAAACUUUUGGUGCCAGGUGUGGGGUAUCGGUUAGCAUAAAGGCGCAGAAGCCAUUAGAUUUUGCUACAGCGACUGUGGCAAUUGGCAGGAAGUUGUGGCGACUCGCAACUUUCAGCACUAGUAGCAACAGUACGUCAGAGUCCAGAAAGGUAGUCCUCGCGGGUGCAGGGCAACGCAGGACAGCGGCAGCGUGACGCGGAGCGACGAGGCACAGAGGUGCCUGAGCAGCCAGAGUUCGAGUCCGAGGGCCCGGGCCGAGAAGCAGCAGAAGCGGCAGCAGCCGUAGCAGCGGCAGCCAAGGAGAGCGACGGGGUCGGCACAGCCCAGCAGAGCGGCGGCCGGCGCAUCGCAGCAGCGCGGGACAGCGCGGGCACAAGGAGAGCGCAGAGACAGCGCGGAGCAGCGCGGGACAGCGCGGGCACAAGGAGAGCGCAGAGACAGCGCAGAGACAGCGCGGGACAGCGCGGGCACAAAGAGAACGCGAAGCAGCGCGGGACGACGCCGAGCAACAGAGCAGACGGCGCACCACAAGAGAAGCGGUAUGGCACUCAAGUGGCAAGUGAUGCAACUCAUCAUAGUGGUAGCAACAUACAGCUUCGUUGCAUCAGAAUACGAAACGAAUGAAUUCAAAGUAACCUCAAUACCAAGUUCAUCAGGACUAUAUUACGAUCAUGUAGGACAAGUAGAGAUAUACAGUACCACAUGGAGAAUAGUCACAUAUGUUAAUUUAGAUGUAAUAACAGAAAGAUUCCAAAAAGCAGAGAGGUACGGUAAGGCAGCGGUACAGAGGUGCCGUGACACAUUGAAACAAUUGAACAUUGGGUUAAUAGAAUGUAGAGUAUUGGAUCAGCAAGUUACACAUCAUGUAGAGAAGAUUACAGGGCUACAGCAACUCGUACAGCAACUCACAAAACACGAAACCAGAAGAAAGAGAGGAGUGUUCAACUUCGUCGGACAGGUAAGUAAGAUACUGUUCGGAACAUUGGACGAAGCAGAUGCAGCAUACUAUAAGGAAAGAAUAGAUGCGAUGGAAAAGAACUCUGAAGGUUUGCUGAGGUUAACCAAGGAACAGGUGGCAGUGGUAAGGGCCACAUUAGCAGGAGUAAACAGAACAGUGUAUACACUAGAAUCAAACGAACACAUUCUAAGGACAGGCAUGCAGAGACUAGAAAGGUUCAUGAAGGAUUACGUAAAGGAAACAUAUAUAGGUUUCAAACGAGUAGCAACUUUUGCCACUGUAACGGAACAAGUAUUGCAAUUAUCGGCAGUGUUUGGCCAAAUCGAAGAAGAGUACGAGCAAAUAAUAAAUGCCAUUGUGAAUGCUCAAAAGGGAAUACUUCAGCCUCAUAUAAUUAAUCCAGUGCAAAUUGUGAAGUAUCUAAGUUUAAUCCGGGACGAAUUAAAGGACGUGAAGUUUCCUGUUCCUCUCGCAGAGUCAUCAGGCUACCUAUUGUUAAGAAUAAUAGAUCUAGAUGUUUUCAUUUCUGGUAGCAUAUUAGGAUACGUAAUUAAUAUCCCUCUAAUAGACAAUAAUAAUUUCAAUUUGUACAGAGUUCUUCCAUUACCAAAGGAGAUCCCAAAUAUGAAAGGGAGGUACAUAUACAUACAGCCAGAGAAAGAAUUUCUACUGAUAGAUGAAUCCAAAAGGCAGUACGCGAAACUUUCUGCGGAUGAUUUAAAAUGUAAAGAGUUGAGUAAGAACAGAAGACUGUGCAGACAGUCAUUCGCAUUGCUAUCGACAUUCGACCAUGAGGAAUGCGAAGCCAAGUUAUUACAACCGGUAAGAGAAAUUCCGGAAGAUUGCGUGCGAAAAAUAGUCGCACUAAAUCAGAGCCUUUGGACCCAUCUAAACAGUAACGAAUGGCUAUAUGUAGCGCCUAAGGAAGAAGGACUGACAGUAUUAUGUGGAAAGGAAGCCCCGAAGGAUUUAUUAAUGAAAGGGGUAGGGAAGAUAAGUUUUUAUAGCAAAUGUAAAGGGUAUGGAACAAGAGUGUUCAUACAAACAGAUAGAGUAAUACAUAGUAACGUAACUAAAAAGGAUAUAAUACCUCAAAUUAACUUAGAAUUUGACUGUUGUGAGGUAAACAAAGAAAAGAAGAAUGUCUCAAUGCUAAAUUUAGAUUUACCAUUGGAGCAGGUUGUAACACAAUUAGACGACUUGAAAGUCGCUGGGAAAAGGUUGGACGAUGUCCAGCGGAUGGUCGAAAGGCAGGAGGAGGAACUAAAAUACUCCAGAUACUUUACCCAUUACUCAGUAACUACAUACAUAGCUAUAGCAAUAGUCAUUUGUAUUGUAAUAACAUGUUGUUGUAAAAAUUGUAAAUGCUGUAAAGAAUGUUUCAAAAGUUUAUGGAAGUACUUUGACGAUAGUAAUUGUUGUGGAAAAGUAUGUAUAAGAAACACUAUAGUAAAUCAAUAUCCAGAGACUAGCUUAAGUAGAAGACAAGCUAAUAAAGACACUGAAGAGGUAGUAAUAUACGAAAGAUGUGGGAAAAACCAAGAAGAUUCAGUUCUGUUCAGAAACAGGCGUUAAGUCAAAUCAAAAGGUAAAAGAUAUUAGAAGUGUCUUAUGAAGAGGUGUAAUCUAUUUUAGUGUUUUGUCCCAUUUUGAAACUGUACGUAUUUGUUGAAUGAAAAUGGUAUUUUGUAUCAAUACUUUUGAAAAAAUGUACCUUGACUGUAAUGGUAUCAAUGAUUUGAAAAAGAGAAGAAAAGUGUACCUUGAUAAAUGUAUGUUUGAUAAAUAAUUGUUGUAGCAAUGAGUUGAAAAAGAGAAAAGAAAAGUGUAUCUUGAUAAAAUGUAUGUAUAAAAUGAUUGUGUCUCACAAAGAACUUAAUGGAAUUAAGUGUAUAUGAAAGAAAAAGAAACACAUGAAGUAUUGAUGUAACAAAAGAAAAAUGUAACCAAAUAAAAUGAGAGAACCUCAAUUGACGCUACUCUGAGGAGUAACGCCAAUUUCCCGGGCGGGGGAGGUGUUGUAACCGCAGGAAUCAGCCAAGUCUACUUGCAGUACCUUAAAGAAUAGUACGUAGGGAGAAGUUAAAACUGUAGCUUAAAACCGUAGCGCUGGACGCCAGGCGUGGCCGAAGGGUCAGCCGAGGCGGCACUCCAGCUGGGCAGCUGGGCGUGUUGAUAAGAAGUAAACAGCCAGCCGAUACAAACGAAGGUCUGUGCAGGGAACUCAUGAUAAGCAUUCAAUUAGGAGUAUCAACAGAAAGCAUUCCUGGCUAGAGAGAGAGGUCUGGGAGUGGAGAGAGAAAGAAAGAGGGCCCUUGGUGGGGACCACGCUACGUCAUGAGGAGCCAAUGAAGGGCUCAGGACGCAGUGUGUGACCAUAUACGGAGAGGCGUCUCUGCCCCUCCACUCAGCCUCUGAAGAACAAUAGCAACAACAAUGUUUUAACGAUACCAAAUAAGGACACGUUGCCUUCGACGCUACGUCAUGCUAAGCGCUGGCGGGGUCGAAGGGGAAACGCUAACAAAACCCGAGAGCACGCCGCUCUGAGGUCUUGUCGUGGCGGUUCUUGUCUGGAGCGGUAGCAGAGUGAGAGUGCUAGCAGCAGCCGACUUGGGCUGGGGAACGGGCUGUAGGCAGUUAGCCGGAAAUAGUCGCUGGAGAGCGUUAAGGCGUAGCCGCGGGACUCUAACGUAGGGUGUUAAACAUUGCAGACCUUCUAGUAGGCAGUCGGAACGGUGGAGUCAGUCACCGUCUCUGUAUUAGACUUGGCCUUCCUGUGAGUGCAACCACCGUCAGAUAGGGCGAUUUGUAUUCACUUAGAAUAAACUGCAAUUUGUUAAAGUUA